CCGGAAGACGUGGCUGUUGCUGUAGUGGCAGCUGUCAUCCACAUUAUUCCAAGAGAAGGAGUCGAAUAUCUACUAUAAGGUUUUAUCUGUAUCUGUUUUAUCUUUGCCAGCUUAUUCGGCGUCAAGAUGAUUUCGCUAACGGAUUCCCAAAAGAUUGGGAUGGGAUUAACGGGCUUCGGUGUGUUUUUCCUCUUCUUCGGGAUGAUCCUGUUCUUUGACAAAGCACUUCUGGCUAUUGGAAAUAUCCUGUUUGUUGCUGGACUGGCCUUUGUCAUUGGGCUGGAGAGAACUUUCCGCUUCUUCUUCCAGAAGCACAAGAUGAAAGCCACCGGUUUCUUCCUGGGAGGUGUGCUUGUGGUGCUGAUUGGCUGGCCCAUCAUUGGAGUUGUGCUGGAGAUCUACGGCUUCUUUCUAUUGUUCAGGGGUUUCUUCCCAGUUGUAGUAGGCUUUAUCAGAAGAAUACCCGUUCUUGGCUCCAUCCUAAACCUCCCGUUCAUCAGUGCAUAUGCGGACAAAGCGGGCGAGAGCAACACCAUGGUAUAACAGUGACUUUUUGCACCCACAGAAGGCUGUUUGACUACAGCAGGUUUUAUAAAGCAACACAAUCUUCCAUUGGGCUGAUUUAAAGCUGCUAAAGUUAAAUGUUCAGAUUCUUCCCUUCUCCGGCAGGCAAAGACUCCAUUAUGUCUGUCUGUCGUUUCACUGGUCAGCGCAACCAAUCACAGGUUCAUCAGCGCGCUUCACUGCCAGUCUGCUACUAAAGGACGGAGUUACUAAGGUCACUACGACAAAUAUUUCAAAUGCUAUCGAUCCAUUCACAGUUGAGAGCAUCUGUUAUGAACAUGGAGGAUGAAAGACUCCGUCAAGGCCUCUCUGACCGUCCACGUGACUUUCUUACUUUGUGGAACAGACAGACACAACUAUCCCCUCCAUAAGGAUGAGAAGUGGACUGACAGCUUGCCAUGUUGUCAUGUUUCUGUGCCUGUGUGCUUUAACUUUAUUUGGUCGAAAGCUUUUUGUCCAACAUUUUGUCUUUUUGCAGUUAUUCUGGGAUACUUUGCUUCUUUGUGUCUUAAAACUGUUUGAUUACCAAGUGUGGCAGUUGUAAUAUUUCCCUUAGUAACAUGUCAUCUCUGUUUACAGUUGACUAAUUACUAUUUCAGUAUAAAUUAUUGUUUAAUGAUCAGUGCUUAACUUCAUGUAUACUGAGGGGGUAUGGUUUUACCCUACUAAAUCUACUAAUUAUGUAUACUAUUAAAGUCUAGUCACACCAUAAAGAGGCAGCACCUAAAUCAGGAUGUCACAUGUAUGGUGGAGUUCACCCAGGUGCUUAGCUUGUUAAUGUAGUGACUAAUCAUAUGGCUAGCCAGCAGACAACAUAGCUGGUGAGCUGGAUAUGCUAGUGUGCUACCCAGUCACAAAAGCGCUCCAAGUUGUCAAAACAUGCUAGAUGGCUCAGUUGCUAACAGGCAGAUAUUGUAGUAUACUGUUCAUAUAGUAUUCAGAAAAGAUAUUUGUCCCAGCUUCUCCUGUCUCACAACUGUAUACACACUUGUA